CGAACUCUGGCACGGACAGAGAGGGAAAGGAAGGACAGGCAACGAUAGCAAGCAGCGGAACAUGGCGACGCCGGUAGGCACCGGGCCAAUCGUGCAGGAUGUCGCGCCCAAGGGUGGAUUCCCUAAGGUCCAAAUAUCGCGGCAAUUGCCAUCGGGCCGAGGACCGCGCGGGUCGGUCGUUCUCGGCCUUGUGACGGUCACGAUGGCCGUUGGGUACUACAAGCUCGGACAAGCGAACAAGGCGCGGCGAGCAGAGCAGCACGAGAAGCGCCUGGCCCGAAUCGCGUUGAUGCCGAUGCUUCAGGCGGAAGAGGACAGGAAAGCCGUACUAGCCAAGCGCUUUAACGCCCAGCUUCAAAAAGGCCUCCACGAAUCCCUCAACGCUUGGAAGGAGGAAGAAGAAUUGAAUUAGUGCGGAACGGUCUGGAGAGGGGGGCGGAGGGGGGGAUGAGCUUGAGUUAUCGAUUUGCGCGAUUUCGCUGACUAGGUCGCAUUUUUUCGUGUGAUGCCGCAGAUUUUGGCAGUUGGCGAGGAGAAGGGAGUUAGGGACAUGGUGGAUUUCCCGGUGUAGAUUUACGCCUACGAAGGAGUUGAAUUACCUUGUUCGCUCAGCCUGCGCAGACGCCAAAGAUCGAGAUGGAGGGUGCGCGAAGGGAGAGUGGACAGACAGGUAUUGGAGGAAAUAUGUUUCAUGCGAGACAAUCCCGUGUGGGCUGUUGGUCUCUUGUCAGAGAGUAAGAGACGACUUUUGAGCUGGCGGGCGUAGCGUGUGCAAGCUACUGCGUGCGCAGAGUUUAGUUGCGUGGUACCAGGUACAAAAUGGUUGAGGCGGCCUGAUGUCGCGUGUCGCGUGGUAUCCACACCGUUGGUCGUUCUAGAUUAUGCCUUCACCGUUCUCCUCACAAGGCAACACGCCAUACUACAGCAGCGUAGAGCGAUAUUUUUGCGUCGUUUAUCAUAUCAGGAUCUUGGUUCAGCACACGGUGUUGACUGCGCGUCACAACCCGUGCUGGUCCCGAUGUGGUUUUUGGUUUUGGGAUUUCCAAUUUUCGAAAAAUCGGUGGAGUUUUUUGUGUCUUAAUGGCCCACUAUAAUGAAGCACUUGCUGCAAUUCAGACGCCAAAAUGUGGCACAUGAUUUUGUGUCCGGUGACGUCUACCGAGCAUGUUCUAUUUUCGUUCGCAAUCCUGCUGGGUUGGUGUU